AUGGCCGCCGGCAAGGUGCCGUGCACCGUUGUCACCGGCUUCCUGGGCUCUGGCAAGACCACGCUCAUCAACCACAUCCUGACAGGGGAGCACGGCAAGAAGAUUGCGGUCAUCGAGGUGGGCGUGGACGAUGCGCUGGUGCUGGACACCAAGGAGGAGAUCUUUGAGAUGAACAACGGCUGCAUCUGCUGCACAGUGCGCGGCGACCUCAUCCGCAUCCUCACCAAGCUGCUCAAGCGCAAGAACAGGUUUGACCACAUCCUCAUCGAGACCACAGGCCUGGCCGACCCCGCCCCCGUCGCCCAGACUUUCUUCGUGGACGACGACCUCAAGCACUCGCUGCGCCUCGACUCCAUACUCACAGUGGUGGAUGCCAAGCACAUCCUGCUGCAUCUGGACGAAGAGAAGCCCGACGAUGUGGCCUUUGCCGACCGCGUGCUGCUCAACAAGAUCGACCUGGUGACGGAGGAGGAGAAGCGGGAGGUGGUGCGCCGCAUCAAGGCCAUCAACCGCACCACGAAGGUGAUUGAGUGCCAGCAGGCGCGGGUGGAGCUGGACCGCAUCCUGGGCCUGCAGUCGUUCGACCUGGAGCAGAUCCUGGCGAUGGACCCAGCCUUCCUCAAGGACCACCACCACCACGAGCACGAGCAUGAGCACGAGCACGGCCACGGGCAUGAGCAUGAGCACAAGGAUGACGACUGCGCGCAGUGUGCGGCGGGAGACCCGGACCACUCGCACCACCACGGCCACAGCCACAAGCACGACUCCCGCGUCAGCAGCGUGGGCAUCGAGUGCGAGGGCGCUCUGGACAUGCAGCGGCUGAACGAGUGGCUCAGCACUCUGCUGCAGGAGAAGGGCGCAGACAUCUACCGCUCCAAGGGCAUCCUCAACAUCGCAGGCUCAGACGACAAGUAUGUGUUCCACGGCGUGCACAUGAUGCUCCAGUUCGGCAGCAGCGCAGAGGGGCUGGGCAAGCCGUGGCAGCCGGGGCAGCCGCGCUUCAACCGCGUCGUCUUCAUAGGCAAGGACCUGAACCGGCAGGAGCUAAACGACGGCUUCCGCAGCUGCAUGGCAGACGCCAACGGCAGCGGCAGCAACGGCGCCGCAUGA